UUGGUGGAAUCCUAUCCCCAGACGUGAAGGAGAACCCCUUCUGGUGGAACGCCAAUCACGUCUUCGUCCCAUACUGCACCAGCGAUUCCUGGAGUGGGUCCAAACCACCAUCUCCCAAAGAACUCUUCAGCUUCAUGGGCUCCUUCAUCGUCCGCCAGGUAGUCCGGGACUUGAUCCCAUUGGGCUUGGAAAACAGCACGGAUCUCCUGCUGACGGGAAGCAGCGCGGGCGGAACAGGGGUGAUGCUCAACUUGGACUACGUUAAGGAGCUCCUGCACGAGGAUUUGAUGCUGACGCAGAUCAACGUGAGGGGGGUUGCUGACUCGGGUUGGUUUUUGGAUAGGACGCCGUACGCGCCCACUAUGAAGCUCGCUGUUGAUGGUAUAAGGAAGGGGAUGGAUUUUUGGAGGGGAAAGGUCCCCAGGAGGUGUAGGGAGGAGUACAUGAGUGAGCCUUGGAGGUGCUAUUUUGGAUAUAGAUUGUAUCCAACACUGAAGGCUGAAUUAUUCGUAUUCCAAUGGUUGUUCGACGAAGCCCAGAUGGACGUCGAUAACGUCGGCGCCCCGGUGACGAAACAGCAGUGGGAUUUCAUCCACAAAAUGGGGAACGCAUUGCGCCACAGUUUCGAGAACGUUUCGGCCGUCUUCGCUCCAUCCUGCAUUUCUCACGCAGUAUUGACGAAGAAGGAAUGGCAGAGCGUGAAAAUCAACGACGUCUCCAUAGCGGAGGCUUUGCAUUGUUGGGAACAAAAGACGACGAACAGAAGGAGAUUGAAGAGGAUGAAGCGACUGAAAAACGGAAAAAUGAUUGCCGAUCAGCCGAAGAGGUUGAGGAGGAGGAAGAACCAAAGCGACAAAGUCGAAGUUGAGAAAGUUUUCAAUGAAACAGAUGGCGGUGAAAACGUUAAGAAAAAUGUCGUCAGAGUUAAAAGGAAGCGGAAGAAUAGGAAGAANUAAGUUAAUCAUCCUCUUUCGCAUGCGGAACUCCGAGAUACUGAAGCACUUGCAUCCAAGCAUCACGAAUCUGGCGAAAAACGAACGUCAAGGUCUGUCAGGCAGAAUCAAAAAAGGCCGAAACGGCGACAUUGUAGUCACAGGCACUUGGAAAGGUGCUCUUGGCCUCAAUGUAACCACUCCUGUCCCAAACUGCACAACCCCCUAACGGGGGAAGAGAUGGACUUCAAGGAGCUGCUCCAGUCUUUUGGAUUGGACAUGAACAAUGUCGCAGAGGCGUUGGGUAUAGACAUACAGACGUUGAACAACAUGGACCAAUCGGAGUUGCUGAAUCUGCUGACGCAACAAUCAAGUCACUGAUUGGUUGAUCUUAUCAAGGGUGGGUUGUUGAUGAAAUGUUCAUAGAGUAGUGCAUACUUAGAAGGAUUGUGUCUUCUACUUCGAGCGAUAUAAUUCAGGACUACUGAAUUCAAAACAGGUCCAUAUUCUGAACAGUUGACAAAAUUCUUUUGAUAGACGUUUAUUCUCUAGUGGAUAUUAAUUCCUUGGGCAUUCGGUUCACAAGAUGUAUAAUAUGGGUUCUGUUAGAAUAUCCUGAGUGGUUGAAUGCCAAAAGUUAUGUUGAGAAUGAUAUUCAUACAAAAAAACUAUAGUCAUAUCAAAAAACACUUAAAGUUCGAAUCCAAAUUCUGGAUACGAAUGAAUUCCGAGUGAAACUACAUGUUGAAAAUAACAUGAUGGAAUUUUCAACAGAGUUUUGAUACUAUUUUUCAUUUAGCUCCUGAAUUUCUCAGUAUAUACCAACAGAACCCUUUCUAUUUUUGAAAAUGCUUUUCACAAGUAGUUCUAAUAUAUGACCUUCGGUACUGUGACCCACAAUGCUUUUUGGUACCAUAUCUACAUAUUUUGAUGGAUCUAUAUUUGAAACUUUUAUCGAGGCAAUUUCACAAGAAAAUGAACUACUUAUGAGUCAACACACUGUAUAAUUCGUCUCCCAGUGAUUGUGUAUAUAAUCGAUUUGAAGAAAACUGUUCUACGUGUAAAUAUCAAGUUGUAAAUAUUAGAAAAACAUAAAUAGAAAUAUUCGUACUAAACAAUACAUAUGGCUAGGUCAAUAAGACAAAUAAGAUCAUAUUUUAUUAUUUAUUUAUCUUCGUAAGAAAAAAUAUUUUUGUGUGAAUUCCAAUUAUUAUUCGUUCGUAUUUCGAAUAGCUUGUAAAUUAGGAUAAAAACAACAGAAACCAAAAUUUCCAAACAGUCGUUUCACGACGAACUCAUGCAACUAUUGAAAAACAGAAAGGUAUGUCUAUAUUUGAUAGUUUGGCGUCAAAUUUUUCGAUUUCAAAAAUCAAAAUC